AUGUUCAACGCUGUUGUUUUAUUCACUUUGUUUGCAUUUGCAUUGCAGUGCGUAGUUGUCACUGGUAGGUUACUGAUACAAGAAACGACGGAAAACUGCAAUAUGGCCAGCGUACAGGCGGAAGCCAUGAACUCCGCUAGUCCGGCUCGAUUGCUGGCUAUAUAUGGAGGAACAACAUUCCUCGUAUACAUUGAAACAAAUGGUUUUGUAAAGAGUUCAUCUGCACUUCUGCUUAGUCUGCCGGUGGCAGCAUUAUCUUUGCUCACAUUGACUACUACAAUGCAUCCAGAACAAAGAUUUACUACGUCGGCUUCGUUCGGUGUUCUUGCUCUGUCUCGUUACUUACUUGCCGGCGACUCGUCGUGGCCUUUGAUGAUGUUUGGAUAUCUACUAGUUUCCGCAGGAAAUCUCAUUUACUGUUACUCAUUCAGCUCACAAAUACGUUUGUGGUCAACUGAGUUAACGGUGGCUGUGUCAUGCUACCUUGCUGUACUGUUCUAUUAUUGUUUCGCUGAUUUACUUAUGUCAAUACCUUCUUUGGUUCUUGUAUUACUUGCGGCAUUGGCUUCAUCUUGUGUCACCAUAGUGGGAGCCGGAUCUGUUUGUCAAUAUGGACACGUUGGUGACAUCGAUUCCGAUCAGGCGUCCUACAUUCGCCUCGCUGGAUCAAUCUGUCAAACAGUCUGUGGUGCGAGGACAAUGAAUGAUACGGGACCAGCUCGACUCAUUGGAAUUUAUGGUGGGACGUGUUUCCUCGUAUAUUUGGAAACGAAUGGCUUCACCAAGUCGUCUUCAUCGAUGAUGUUCGGCAUCCCGCUAUUAGCGCUCUCCUUCCUAUCACUGACAUCUCCCAUGCAGGCAACAGCGAGAUUCUCCACAGCAGGAGCUUUCGCUGUUCUCGCUCUUUCUCGGUAUAUGCUUGUCUCGAGAUCUUCAUGGGAAUACAUGGUUAUUGGUUAUGCGCUUGUUGCUGUUGGGAAUAUGCUUUAUUUUUAUUCAUUUAUGAGUAUGAUAGAAGAAUGGUCAAUUGCUUUAGCAAUGUUCGGCACAAUGUUCUAUUUAACGCUCGCGUAUCAUUGCUUCGCUGACCUAUUCGUCUCCAUACCAUUCCUUGUAUUACUACAUGCAUGUGCGUUCGCAACAUCAUGCUUUUUGGUAGUCGCUGCAGGAUCCGCUUGCCAAUAUAGCCUAGCACCAGACUACGAGACUAUACAGGCAUCGUACAUGCGUCUAUGUGGAGCAUUGGCGAAUGUUACCAGCAACACCAUUUUCCUCUUGAGCUUAUUUGGACGAAGAGUUGAAACAAUUAAGGUAAAAAUGGCCGAGCAACCUAGGAAAGCUGGUCCUGGACCCGCCGGAAGACUCUACGUAAAAGCAGUGUUCACUGGAUACAAGCGCGGUCUUCGUACCCAGUCUGAGCACACCGCUUUGCUGAAGCUCGACGGUGUGUUCAACAAGAAGGACGCCCAGUUCUACAUUGGAAAACGCGCAGUCUAUCUCUACAAAGCCCAUAAUAAGACUACUAAGCCUGGUCACGCUAUUCCAACGCGAACUAGGGCUAUCUGGGGUAAAAUCACGCGAGUUCACGGAAACAGUGGAGUCGUCCGCGCGAAAUUCCAUCACAACUUGCCUCCUAACGCCAUGGGCAACAGAAUCCGUGUGAUGCUGUACCCAUCCAACAUCUAA